ACACGGCGACGAGGAAGCAUCAGUUCGUGCGCGGCCACGCUACCACACAGUCGUUCCAGAGACACUCGGACUCCUCCGAGGAGAAAGCGAGGAAGCGAGGACAAAAGUGGUCUCUUGAGAAAAGGGUAUCAAGGUCAAGCGACGUGCGGUGAUAAGGUGACGUCCGAACCACCGUCGCCCUCCGCAGAUCGUCCUCUGUUCUCCUCGGGCGUGCACGCCCGCUUCGAGGAUCACGUCGUUCACCCCGACACGAUUCACCAUGACAUGGGCACCGUUGCUGGCGGGACUCGUUCUGUUGUCGGCGAUACCGUCCGGCCAACCACGAAGCAUCAAAGACCAAACGCGCUGGAAGCGCAGUAUCGAUCUAAAUGAUGUCUACUACACGAAGAUGCGCCAGUAUAGAUUGAGAAACGAAGUCACGCCGACCAAUUACUCACUGGACAUCGAACUCGUCGACGAGGCCAAGUUCCGUGGCCGCGUCAAAAUCAACCUCACCUGGUCCGACACCAGCGACAGGAUAAUCCUGAACAUCCAUCCGGAUCUUGAAAUCUCAAAUACCACCACGAGACUGAUUCAGUUGUCGCCCGAACUAACGAGGCUGAACGUGCCGCCGAACGUCAAUGUCGCGAGAAUAGAACGGCAGCAACGGAAGUCCUGGUACAUUAUCCAUCUGGAGCAAAUGCUAAAGAAGGACUCCAUCUGCGAAGUUGUGAUCGAAUACACCGGCAAUAUCACCAGUAACGAAACCGCCGGUCUCUACAAAAGCGCGUACAUGGAUUCCGAUGGACGAAAGCAUACUUUCUUCGCUACUCACCUUCAAUUAGACAACGCACAAAGGUUGUUCCCCUGCAUGGACGAGCCGCCCUACAAAGCGACGUUCAAAUUGAGUGUGGCGCGCCCCAAGAACUUGAAGACGCUCGCGAACAUGCCGAUAGAGUCUACCGAGAGUUACUCCAACGGCCAGGUCCGAGACUUUUUCGAGGUGACGCCGCGGAUGUCGACGAAUCAGUUGGCUUUCGUGAUAUCGGACCUGGAGUAUAUCGAGCCCAAGAUAGAGAUCAACGAAAUGGACGGACGGAAACUCCGUGUGAAGGUUUGGGGCCGUAAGGAAUUCAUGGAGUCGUUGGUCGACGUUCCCGACAAAGUCGCGACGAUCGUUAAUUACCUGCAGAACUACUUCAACAGCUCGCUCGGUUUGCCAAAAUUGGACGUGAUGGCGAUACCUAUGUACAGCGUUUCCAAAGCCUCCGAUAAUUGGGGUCUCAUGUUCAUCAAGGAGAGCGAACUCAGAAGCCCACUUAUGUGGACCACAGCUUACGAAAUUCUCUAUCAAUGGAUCGGCCAAUCCGUCACGCCGUACCGUCGAAAUGACGCACCGGUCAUCAACAAAGCUCUCAAUUCGUUCCUGGCGUCCAUGACGACGAUCGAUCUUAAUCCGGACGAGAUGGAAGGAAAGUGGCCGAUGACGAUGUUAUAUCCUUUGUAUUACGAAUUCGCGCAAACCGUGCCUUUCUCCAGAGUGGCCGGCAUUAGGCAAGAAGCGACGUGGACGAAAGUCGAGUUGGUUUUCCGAACAUUCAAUUAUACACUGGGUCGCGACCUUUUCCAGAGGAGCGUGAGGAAGUUCUUCCAUCAACAAUCGAAAGAAGACCGCAGGACAUUCUUCGCCGACGACAUCUUCAUUCACCUGAACGACGUGGCGAACGAAACGAACAGUCUGCCGCCCGGCCUGACCAUCAACGGCAUCGCCGCGCCGUGGAUCAGCCGGGACAGAGUGCCGUUGGUCACGGUCAUACGCGAUUACGAAACUGGAAAAAUUAAUCUCAGCCAGAAAGUCUACUUGAGAGACGCACCUCCGCAAUCAACGGCAACGAUAUCCUAUCAGUGGGACAUCCCGAUCGUUAUGCAGGCCGAGGAUAAACUAAACUUUUUCAACACCAAGCCGACUGUGUGGCUGACGAAGCAGAACGAGCCGAAGAAUUUGACCAUUCCAGACAUCACCGAUGAGGACAAUUUCAUAAUCGUCAAUCCCGAAGAGAUAGGAAUGUUCCCGGUAAAUUACGACUCCUGCAACUGGAAGAUGCUCUCGCAGUACCUGCAAGGUCCGGAUCGCGAGAAGAUACCGCCAUUGACGAGAGCGAAACUCCUGCACGACGCGUGGAAUUUGGCUUACGCCGGCGAGCUAUGUUUCGGCAUCGCCAUGAAUAUGACUCUCUUUCUCAAGGAGGAGAGGAACCAUGUGGUCUGGGAGCCGGUGUUCACGAUGAUCCACCACAUCGGCCGCCGAAUCGAAGGUUUGGACGUGUAUUUGAAAUUCGAGGCUUACAUCAGAAGCUUGUUGAAGCCACUCUAUCUAGAGCUUGGUGACAACGCGCAACCUAACGAUCCCUCCUGGAAGACUCAUAUGCGCGGUCUCAUCAAGAACUUCCUCUGUCGAGCUGGAUACGAGCCCUGCGUUAAAGAAGCCCGGGAUCAGUUCAAAAAAUGGUUGACCGACGAGGAACCGGACAAAGGAAAUCCGGUCGCCAAUAAAUUCCUCUGCCCAGUGUUCAAAUGGGGCACCGACGAUGAAUGGGAAUUUGGAUUGCAGCGCGUCAUAAAUUUCCCGCAGAAUAGCUUGGCGAGGAAGCAAAACGAGCGGACCUACCUCCUGAAGACAUUAGCCGGCUGUCCGAAAGACGCGAACAAGAUCGAGAGACUGCUGCAAGUAGCCGUGUUGGAUCAGAACGAGAAUUUUACGGACGCGGACAUCCACCUGAUCUUCAGUAUGUUGACCGGCAGCGCGACCGGUUACAAAACCCUCUUCAACUUCCUCAUUCAGCACUGGUAUACCGUGAAGGAGCGAUUCGAGAACAAGACUUACUUGUGGGACGGCAUCGUUAACUUCGCCACGUCGUCCUUCAACACCCAGGAAGGUUACGACAUGGUGAGCAAGCUAUACAUGGACCACCAAAACGAGUUUGAGACAGCGGAUGCUAUCAUCAAGAAGGCGCUCAAGGUCAUCAAACAGGAGACCAAGUGGAACGAGGAGAACGUGCCGGUAAUUGACGCCUGGCUCAAAGACCAUCUAUCCAAGGAGGACUUGGACGCGAUCCUGGCUUCUACGUCCACCACCGUCCCCUCCACGACUAUUAUACCCACAACGACGGAUUAGCCAGCUGAACGUACACGGGCGAUGUUAUUAGACAGGCAGAACCCGAUCAAAUAGACUUCAACAAACUCGAAUUUGGAAUGUAUUACAGUAUUUGAUCCGCAAAGAAUUAACGGUUUGUUUCUUCUCUAGAGGAAUUUUUUAUUCGUUCCUCUUAAUGUAGUUAUAGCGAUUUCUCUUCAUUUCUUUUUGCUAAAUCAGUAAUAACGUCGCUUAGAUUUUGUUAAUUUUUAUUACAUGUAGUUUUUAUUAGAAAUCACAUCAGUGAAAUCUUGCGAAAUUGAUAGCUCAGACACGUAUACGGGUGACGGAAAACUCGCGUUUCCGGGUAAAGACUGGAACGUACACAGCAUAAUUAGAAAACAGUCCUGAUAGAUGUAGACUAAACUUAAAAGCAACGAAAAGUUUGAAAGUAAUAUUGUAUUAUAGUUAAAUUUUUAUUUUUGUAAGGCAAAUGAAAAUCGCAAUAUCGCUCGUGAUGUAUUUAUUUCGUUCGGUACGGGAGUGGAACGUUCCUCCCUGAAAAAAUUAUGCGGAAACGUAAUACUCAUAAUUAUUGAAAAAUUUAGUUAUAGGAUUUAGUAUAACGCUGUCUCUCGCUAAGUAAUAAAGAAAGAAAGUUAGUAAUUUUAAAGCUAAACAUAUUGCAAACUUUGGAACUUUAUUAAAUAUAUUACACAAUAUGAAAAUACAUGUGAGUUUAUAAAAUUAGAGAAUAUAUACGCCAUACAAUAAGAUGAAAACUGAUUAAAGGUGUUUUAGAGCAAAAAAUGGAUUAAGUUCUUGUAUAUGUAUAGAUGAUACAAUAAAACGACCCUACAAAAGA